AUGAGUGACUUCAGCGCCAAUCUCAAGCCUGCGGCGCCCGAUGGCGCGACAGUCAUUGCCAACGAGCGAAAAUGCUCCGACGUCAACAUCCCCCAGCUGUCUGAGCACUUGAUGGGGUCGGAGUACCUGGAGCGGCAACGACGGGUCCUGGACAUCCUGGGCAGAGACAGGGUCUUUUCCAAGUCCAACCAAGCAAACCUGUCGCGACCGGACCGGUACAAGCUGGGCCUGGCGCGAGGGAAGCGGAUGAGACAGCUCCAGGACAAGCACGGGUGGACCGACGACGACUUCCUCAUGGCCGAGUACCUCGUCGACGACAUCCAGCCGUAUCAUCUGCACAUCUCGCUCUUCACGGCCGCCGUGCGGGAGCAGGCGAGCGACGAGCAGCGCGCGUACUGGAUGCCCAGGAUCGCCGCGUGGGAGGUCAUCGGGGCGUAUGCCCAGACGGAACUGGGCCACGGGAGCAACGUGCGCGGCAUCGAGACGGAGGCGCGCUGGGAUCCGGCCACCAAGGAAUUCGUCCUCCAUAGUCCGACCAUCACGGCGAGUAAAUGGUGGAACGGCACGUUGGGUCGAACGGCAAACUAUGCCGUGGUCAUUGCCCAGCUCAUGCUGCCUGAAAAUGGGACCUACAAGUCCUACGGCCCGCAUGCGUUCCUGGUCCAGAUCCGCGACAUGAAGACGCAUCAACCGCCCAAGAGUAUCGUUGUCGGCGAUAUAGGUCCCAAGUAUGGAUACGCUUCCAUGGACAACGCGUAUUGCUUGUUUCAUCAGCACCGGAUCCCCCACAGUGCCAUGCUGUCCAGGCAUUCUCGCCUCGACCCAGAGACGGGGGUCUAUACCAAGCCCAAGAAUCCCGCGUCAGUCUAUGGCCAGCUCACUCGAGGUCGUUCCGUCAUUGUCAUGAACGCCCGUCUCGUGCUGGCCCGCGCCGUGACGGUCGCGGUGCGCUAUCUGUCCAUUCGACGUCAAUUCCGCGACCAGGACAAUCCCACGCAGCCGCUGGAGACCGCUGUCCUCGACUACACGACGGUGCAGAUUCGCAUUCUGCCCCUGCUGGCCACGACGUUUGCCCUGCACUACUCGGGCGCGUAUAUGCGGCGGCUGUACGAGCGCACGCGCAAGAACGACACGACAAUCGACACGGUCGACCAGGCGACGCUCUCGGAGCUGCAUAGCACGUCGGCCGGGCUGAAGAGUCUGGCCACCACGCUCGCCGCCGACGGUAUCGAAACAUGUCGCCGCUCGAUGGGCGGCCAUGGGUUCGGGGGAGGUACCGGUCUCGUGCAGGCAAAUGCGGAUUACCUCUCCAAGCCGACGGUCGAGGGCGACAACUGGAUGAUCACGCAGCAGGUGGCGCGGUAUCUGAUCAAGAAGGUCAAGGACAUGGUACACGCGCCCCACAAGAGCCCGUCACUGAGCCAGACCGAGGAGCACAUCCAGACGUAUCUGUCCGCGCGAGCCCGAGAGCCCCAAUUCGACGUGCUGAGGAGCGACAGGGCCAUCGUGGACGCUUUCACCUGGCGCAUGGCCAGCAUGGCGUACCGGGCGUACGAGGCGCGCGAGAUCCAGAAGAAGUCGUGGAACAGCCUGCUCAUCGAGUUCCACAAGCUCAGCAGGGCCUAUUCGCAGGCGAUGCUGGUGUCGAACUUCUACGCCGCCGUCGCUGCAGACAGCAGGAGUAACGAGAUCGCUCACCUCGAUGCGUCGACGCGCACCGUUCUCCUCGACCUCUUCCGCCUGUAUGCCCUCUACACCAUGGAUUCGGAAGCUCGCGAAUUCCAGAACUCGGGCGCAGUCACUUCGGCGGAUCUGAACGAGUUGCCCGCGCGGGUGUUGGAGUUGAUGGCGCGCAUCAGACCACACGCGGUGCGCCUCGUCGACGCAUGGGCCAUCCCAGAUUAUUUGCUCGAUAGUGCCCUCGGCCGCUACGACGGACGGGUCUACGAGGACCUCUUCCAUCGCGCACACGUGUUGAAUCCGCUAAACAAGCAGACAUUUAACCCUUAUUACCAGAGCGAUGAGAUUGUCAUGGGGAGCGGGGAUGGUGGUCAGAUUCUGGCCAAGUUGUAG